UUGAAACUGAAUAGAGUCCGCGACGUUCGACGGUACACAAUGUUUUUAAGUUCAACGUUACUUGAACCUUCUCGCGAGUAACGAUUGCGACAAUUAUUAUUUUUUUUUCCUUUUUUUUUUGGCGAAGUAUUUUAAGUAGUUAAAGUGGUCGCGCAGUUUAUGUGAAUGCACAAUGGCUUUAAUUACACAGAACGACGAAGGAUCGUCGUGCGCGCAACCGACCUCGAAAUAUACGCAGUACGUGGGCGUGCUCGUGGCGACGCUCGCCGCGUUUUCGAUUGGCACGUAUUUAUCAUGGACGUCCUCCGCUUUGCCGCUUUACAACAAAAACGGCACAUUCUCUGUCAGCGACCAGGAGGGUUCUUGGAUUUCCUCGUUGGUCCCCCUCGGCGCCAUCCCGAUUACCGUGCCGGCGGGAAUAUUGGCGGAUAAGUUCGGUCGGAAGAAAGCGAUUUGGGCGACGACCGUGCCCUUAUUUUUCUGCUGGUACAUCAUCGCAUUUGCGCAGAGUAAGAUAUGGGUUUUUCUGGCUCGGUUUGUCGCGGGGGCAGCAUGCGGUGCAGCAUCCGUCGUUGUUCCCAUGUUCACUUCCGAGAUCGCCGAGCAGAGCAUCAGGGGCUUACUUGGCACCAUUUUCCAGUUGCAGAUCACCGCCGGAAUCCUCUUCGCAUAUGCCACAGCCUUCACCAAUAGCUUGCACGUCAUCGCGAUAUUGUGUUCCGUGGCGCCCGCUUUGCUUUUGAUCUCCUUUCCGUUCAUACCGGAAUCACCGGCAUGGCUGGUCAUGCAAGGUCGGAAGAAUGACGCAAACGACGUGCUGAAAUACUACAGAGGGGCUCACUAUCGUAUCGAGACGGAACUGACCGGACUCGAGCUCCAGGCUUCGGAAAUGCAAGAAGCCAAAGCCAGUAUUUUGGAUUUGAAAAAUUAUCGGAAAGCAAUCUGCAUUACGCUCGGUUUAAUGGUUUUCCAACAGCUUUCCGGUGUAAACACUCUCAUAUUUUACGCGAAAAAGAUUUUCGACGAUGCGGGGUCAACUCUGAGCUCGACCAUGUCGUCCGUGAUCGUCGGCCUCGUGCAAGUAAUCGCCACCUAUUUCUCAACUGUUAUGAUUGAGCGCACCGGCAGAAAGCUGCUAUUAUUCAUUAGUGGGUCGGUGAUGUCCGCUUGUAUGUUCACAUUAUCGGGAUAUUUUCAUUUUCAGAACUCGCACGAUCUCACCAGCGUUUCCUGGAUCCCUCUGCUCUCUUUUGCGAUAUUUAUUAUAAUUUUUAGCAUCGGCUUUGGUCCGAUACCGUGGCUGAUGGUAGGCGAGCUCUUCACCAACAACAUCAAGAGCGCGGCGAGCGCCGCUACCGCGACGUGCAAUUGGACGCUAGCAUUUUUGGUGACAAAAUGCUUCCAGGAUAUGGUGGAUCUCAUGGGAAUCUCCUCGUCGUUCGCCACAUUUGGCCUGAUAGGCUUGGUCGGCACUGUGUUCAUCUCCACCAUGGUGCCGGAGACGAAAGGCAAGAGCAUUGAGGAGGUUCAAAUCGAAUUGUACGGAAUAGAAUCUCAACAAAGUAGACUCUAAAUCGAAACAUGAUAACACAAAAUAAAAUAAUAUUAAUAAAAAACUGUAGAAAUAUU